CGCAAACAAAUAGAUAAAUCGGACACCAAAAUCCAAAUGAGGCGGGCGCCUGGGUCCAUGAACCUGAUCGGAUAACAGCCCACGCCCAGGCACGCGCGCGGGCGGCGCGGUGGUGGAGGCGAAACUGAAGCGCACGCAGCUAUAGCUUGGCAGGCAAGACGCAGCCAGCAGGCGAGGGGUUGGCGCCCGCCCCGCACCCGUCGCGCUCCAUCACCGCCAGCCUGGCCUUGGCCUGCCGCUCUCUCUCUCUCUCUCUCUCUCUCUCUCUCUUUCUCCCUGCUUCUCUCUCUCCAGCUCGCUGUCGAUGGUGAUGACUGAUGACCAUAUCCGUGCACGGCGCCAGAUACGCAUACACGCACAUAUAUAUACCCGGCCGCCAGGGUUUGGGGGCUCAGAAGAACCGACCGCGCGUCAAUUAACCCAGCAGAAGGUCCGUCGUCUCGUCGCCGACGACUCGGCUUCUGCUCAUCACCACCAGCCACUAGCUGUCGUCGCCGACAUCGACGCACGCGGAGGAGAUCGAUCGGCCCGGCCGCCGGCCGCAGGAGAAGAUGAGCUUCUUUGGCCGCGGCAGCAGAAACCAGAGAACCUUCAGGCCGAAGAAGAGCGCGCCGUCCGGGAACAAGGGGAUGCAGCUGAAAAGGCACAUCGACGCCACCCUCGGCAGCGGUAACCUGCGAGAGGCGGUGCGUCUGCCCAUCGGGGAGGACCUCAACGAGUGGCUCGCUGUCAACACCGUCGACUUCUUCAACCAAGUGAACAUUCUCUACGGCACCCUGAUGGAGUUCUGCACGCCAGCGACAUGCCCGACCAUGUCAGCCGGACCAAGCUACGAGUACAGAUGGGCUGACGGAGCCAAGAUCAAGAGGCCAAUCGAGGUGUCUGCGCCCAAGUACGUGGAGUACCUGAUGGACUGGGUGGAGGCCCAGCUCGACGAAGAGACCAUAUUCCCCCAAAAGCUCGGGGCUCCGUUCCCUCCCAACUUCCGCGACGUCGUCAAGACGAUCUUCAAGCGCCUCUUCAGGGUGUACGCGCACAUAUACCACUCGCACUUCCAGGAAUUCCGGCUGAUCGACAGGGCAGAGCUGGCUCCCCUCAACGAGUUGAUCGAGCCCAUAAUACUUGGUUAUUGACUGGAGAGGCUUUGUUUAGGCCGACUGUGCCGAGAGAAUUUUCCCCCCUCUCCUUUUAAUUUUGAUCAUUUCGGGUGGAAUAUCUCCAUCUGCAUUUUGGAAGCGUAGGCUAGUGGUUUCGCUACUCUGUCCCGGAUGUAUGUGUUCCCUUCCCUAGCAGUAGCAGCCAGCGGUUGGUCUCAACUUUUUCAGUCAAAUGGAGUGCUGUUUGAUCCGACUCAGCUGGGUGCUUUGUUUCUGUUCUGUUCUGUUCUUUUUUUUUUGUCUAAGAUGGGCGCCUCCGUUCUGUUUAUUAUUUUUUAGUUUAACCUUUUCAGCUGGAGUUUGAACUUUUCUCUACUUCUAAAAAGCACGAGUUUGGUGACCAUCUUUCUCCUCUUCCUCACUGUUGAGGACGUAUAUAGUUUUUUUAUUAGUUGUUGCCAGAGAAAUUGUGAAAUAUUAAGGUCGAUGAUAAUAUUUGUAUUGCUCGCUAUAAUAUAAUCGUUAUGCAUUAAUAUUUUA